GUAAACAUUAGCUAAAUACCGCGCGCCAUCAACGGUUAUCAAUGCUAACUGCAUUUCAGACCUACGCGAUCGCGUAAUCAUAUAUUCAAUGCCACACUCAGGAAGCAAACAGACCAAAAGUAAGGAGCGAAACUAAGGCUCAUAUGGCAUUGCUGAUUCAACGUAACCAUUCAGUCUUUGCUCGCCAUCAAACGGAGUGGACAAAGUUAUGUCAGAGCUAAAUAAUUAGCUCACCAACUUUCUAUACUUUCAUGUCACACCCUAAAAGGCUAUGACAUGUCUAAAUUAACUAUCACAAAUUUCAGCGGUAGAAAAGGAAGUCCCUUUAGCAAAGAGAAGGAUGGAGAGAAACAGGUGAUUCAUGAAGAAGUGUUGCACAAAAGUGAUUACGUGAAACAUAAAGAGAAAAGUGAGGAAUUGUUGCAGAAAGUUAGUAAAAAGACGCCGGAAUAUCAAACAAACAAACCAAUUGAAGGUGUAUUUACUGAAGUUAUAGCGCAUGGUGCUUUUACAACAAAGAAUACAGAAGAUAAAACAAAAGUGAUACAGCAAAAUGUUGUUAAAAAUAACGGUAAUUCACCAAAAGGGCUGCUAAGUUUUCCGUCGUCAGCUAAUGAUUUAGCUCUGGACGCUAAAACUGAUUUAGAAUCGGACACAAACAUAUCCAAAGAAGUUAAAGACAAAGUGAUUGAGAAACUAUUUACGUUAGUGUCAAUGGUGCAACAUGCAUACGAGUCAAAAGUGAGAAUUAUGGGUGAAUUCGAGAAAUUUAAAGAAACACAUCUGAAGAAUGAAUUGAGAAGGGAGAAAGAGCAUUCUGAACAGUUGUAUAAAUUGAAUAUGAAUUUUCAGAGUGAAGUUAUUCAAGCGAUUCAACAGUUACGCAGUGAAUUAGAUUUUACGAGGAAUUUGUCGAGUAAUUCUGAAGAAAUGUCUACAUUAUUGAGUCUCAAGGAUAGUGGGAUUAGCUAUAAUGCAUCGAAUGACGUUUCUGUUGACACUGUAGAUAAAAAUUGUGAUGAUAUUCGCGAGCAAGACGCGGAACCUAAAAAUUAAGUAUUAUAUUAUAGAAAUAAGAAUAUAGAGUUUGAAUAAUAUGUGUUUUAUUGAAAA